AUGACACCUUCCAGCUCGAGAGUAUCCCUCCUGCAGGGUUACAUCAUUUGCAGGGACAUAGGAGACAAUGUGACAUCCGUCACAGAGUUCCUUCUCCUGGGGUUUCCCCUCUGCCCAAGGGUUCAGAUGCUCCUCUUUGGACUCCUCUGCCUGUUCUACGUCUUCACCCUGCUGGGGAACGGGGCCAUCCUCGGGCUCAUUUCUCUGGACCCCAGACUGCACAUCCCCAUGUACUUCUUCCUCUCCCACCUGGCCAUCGUUGAUAUGUCUUAUGCCUGCAACACGGUGCCCCAGAUGCUGAUGAACCUUCUGAGUCCCACCACACCCAUCUCCUUUGCUGGCUGCAUCACACAGACCUUCCUCUUUUUGACUUUCGCUCACACGGAAUGUCUUCUCCUGGUGGUGAUGUCCUAUGAUCGCUACAUGGCCAUCUGCCACCCUCUCCGGUACUCCACCAUCAUGAGCUGGAGGUUGUGUAUCACCCUGGCAGUGACUUCCUGGAUUUUAGGAGUCUUCCUGCCCCUGGUGCAUCUAGUGUUACUUCUGCCACUGCCCUUCUGUGGACCCCAAGGAGUUAAUCACUUUUUCUGUGAAAUCAUAGCUAUUCUCGAACUUGCCUGUGGACACAUUAAUGAGAUCAUGGUCUUGGCUGGAGCAGUGUCUGUGUUGGUGGGACCCUUCUCCUCCAUUGUCAUGUCCUACAUUCAUAUUCUAUGUGCCAUCCUGAGGAUCCAGUCAGGUGAGGGGUGCCGGAAAGCCUUCUCUACCUGCUCCUCCCAUCUCUGUGUGGUUGGACUCUUUUAUGGCACAGCCAUUAUCAUGUAUGUUGGACCCAGAUAUGGUAACCCCAAGGAGCAGAAGAAGUAUCUCCUCCUGUUCCACAGUCUUUUCAAUCCCAUGCUCAACCCACUGAUCUAUAGUCUAAGGAACAAAGAAGUGAAGAAUGCCUUGAAGAGAGUGCUCAGGAGAGACAGAGCUUCAUGAAAAGAUAAUAGCAGUAUAUUUGAAAGUGACCUAUGAAGCUGUUAUCUCCAGAGGUUGCAAACCCAAACCAGUGUC